AUGUUCAAACGGAAGCAACACAGGCAGUUUCUUCGGGCGAUGUGCCAGCCACCCCGCAGCAUGCCGUUUCUAUCACUGGCGGUGUUUUUGCUGUUGUUGGUGUGUUGCGCCGCUGGGUGCCUCGCUAUCGAUUCCACCCGGAAGCACCGCUGCGGGUUUGACGAGAUGAUGGGGAGGUGGCCGCCGGCGACUGCGGUGGUGCGUGACGUGCCGCGCAGAGGACAGGGCGAGAUGCAGGCGUACACCGUCGCCGCACAAGGCGUGGGGAGUGAGUGGGCCCCGAUCCGCAUCAAAGUGUCUGCGAAGGAUAUGGACGAUCAGUGGAAGCACUGCCUCCCAGGGAGGGUUUUGCGUCUCGUCGAUGGCGACUGGCAGGAAUGCACAGAGGACAUGGUGUUGACGGAGGCGAAGAAGGACAUUGUUUUGAAGCAACUCCUCCCGAGUGCAAUUAAGAUGCACACCGAUCGUCUGUCUGUGAGGCCUGUGAGGGGUCCCAUCCCCAUACCAAAUGAUGGUAUAGGGGCGUGCAGCGAUUUCACCAUCCCUGCCUGGCACCACACGAUCGGCGUGAGCGGCGCCGACAUGGUCCUUUACGUCGACACUCUUGUGAGUGAGGGGAGCGUUGCAUGGGCGUCUUACUGCGCCACUUUGGAGGACGGACGUCCAUACGCUGGCGUCGUGAACUUCAACCCCAAGUACAUAAAGGCCACUCAUGCAGACGUUGGUACUGCAGUGCACGAGAUUGGGCACGCUCUUGGUUUUUUGAGCGAUCGUUUUUGGUGGUUCAAGAUGGUCUCCCAGAUCCCUAAUGUGCGAGGGAAAGAAUAUGUGUGGGUAAUUUCCUCACCGAAGGUGAAGGAGCUGGCGAGGAAGUACCACAACUGCCCCACACUUGAGGGCAUGGAGCUGGAGGACGGGGGUGGGGGAGGAGCUAGUCUGCAGCACUGGGAGGAACUCAGUGCACGGGACGAGUUGAUGAGUCCUGGGAGCCGGAUCGCUUAUUACUCGGCAUUCACGCUUGCUGCAUUUGAGGACAUGGGUGUGUACAAGGCUAACUACGACAUGGCGGAGUCGUUGCGGUGGGGCAACAACUCUGGUUGCGGGCUGCUGGAAAAUAGGUGCUUCACCAACGGCCACACCGACUAUCCUGAGUUGUUCUGUAAACAGCCGUCGAAUACACAAGGACUGCUCUGCACGUAUGAUCGUCUUUCUCUGGGGACGUGUGACCUAAAGUAUCACUACAAGCCCCUUCCACCCCAGUUUCAGUACUUUGAUGACCCCACACUUAGAGGUGAAUCGAAGUAUAUGGAUUUUUGUCCGUUUGUUGUUGAGCGUGCGGCGUAUGAGUGUCUAAACGGUGACCCUAAUGAGUUCCUUGGAAGCUUCAUUGGCUCGAGCUCACGGUGCGUAAAGGGGGAGGGGCUUCUUUAUGAUUACCAAGAGAUUGGCGAUGUGUGCGUGAACACGCAGUGCAGUGGGAGUAAGCUGAGGGUGCAGUUCCUUGGCGACGACACGUGGCACGACUGCAAUGAGGGCGAGACGGUUGCGCCGUCAGGGGGCAAAUGGAGCGGGGGGAGCAUCAGGUGCCCCAAAUACACCGAUGUAUGCACAGCCUUCCGUAACACCUGGGCCCUUCCAAUACCAGUCGUUGCCCUGCCACUGGUGAAGGAUCCAAACCAUGCAGACACUUCAGUUGCGGCUGUUGGUCUCAGUUCCCUUGCGAUUCUCGCCGUGGCCGCCGCCGUGGUGAUGACGCCUCUCUGA